AUGACUCUGACUCUCCUUGAGCUAGAUCCUGAUGGCAAUGACAUAUCCAACACCGACACCGACAAUUAUGUCAUCAACCAAGGCAACUUCUUCGCCGGCACAAAGACCGCUUCUCUAACUAUCAAGCCAACUGUGUUGCAGACUCUUGAAACAACCUCAGUUUAUUUGUGUAAAGUAAAGUCCGGAUUUUAUCCCGACUUUUCUCCCGAUGUUGUAAACGAAAUGACUCUUACUCUGCUGGAACUAGCUGUUUCACCCAUCAACAAAGAAGUGGAGAAAGGAACUGAUGUAACAAUAUCAUGCGUCAUCACUGGUAUCACUCAACAAUUGGAUGCUGUUGUUUGGAGAAAAGAUGGAACCGAUGUUACAUCUUUGCCAGGAAGCAACUACGUUGUAUCUGCAGGAACUUACGGUUCCAACUCUCAAACUACAACACUUACUGUAAAAGCUGCUGCUAAUACAGCUGAUUCAGCAUACACUUGUGCUAUCACAUCUAAUGAAUAUCAAGAAAUCAAUAAAGAAACCUCGGUGGUACUAGAUGUGUUUGUUAUCUUCUUGGACGAUAGAUCAGUUUCCACGGCAACAGAUCAAACCCUCUCCUGUCUGAUAUCCGAACUAUCCCAAAACACUCCCGUUACCUGGAUCGACCCCAACGGUAACGAGAUAUCUGAAUCUGAUACUGUCAACUAUGUUGUGGAUCAGGGGACUUAUAUCUUCGGAAAGGUUCGCCCUGUUAGCAAAGAAGUCGAAUCUGGAACUGAUGUCACCAUCUCUUGUGUAAUUUCUGGUAUCACCCAACAACUUGACGCUGUUGUCUGGAGGAAAAGUGGAACCGAUGUUACGACCUUGUCAGGAAGCAACUAUGCAGUAUCUGCAGGAACUUACGGUUCCAACUCUCAAACUACAACACUUGCAGUAAAAGCUGUUGCUAAUACCGCUGACACAACCUACACUUGUGCUAUUGCAUCUGACGAAUGGCUUGUGUCAAAUCAGCAGACGGACGUUGCACUUGAUGUCUUCUCUGUUGUAUUGGAGGACAGAGCCGUUUCAACUGCUACAGAUCAGCUACUGACCUGCACUAUCAGUGGUUUAGCGCAGAACUCACCUGUAACUUGGAUUGGACCUGACGACAACGAAAUAUCAGACUCUGACACCAACAACUAUGUUGUUGAUCAAGGCACUUAUAUCUUUGGAAGCAAGGCGUCAACAUUGACCAUCAAGACAGCAAAGUUUGCUUCUCUACCUUCAGGAGAUGUGUUCAAAUGUAAACUGAAGUCUGCUCUCUAUCCUACUGACUCCCCGGAGGUGGUGAAUGAGAUGACUCUGACUUUACUGACUUUAGAUGUAAAACCAACAAACAAGGAGGUUGAAACGAGAACAGACGCAACUAUUUCGUGUGUUAUCACCGGUAUCACUCGACAACUUGAUGCUGUUGUUUGGAGAAAGGAUGGAACCGAUGUUACAUCUUUGUCAGGAAGCAACUAUGUUGUAUCUGCAGGGACUUACGGUUCCAACUCUCAAACUACAACACUUACUGUAAAAGCUGCUGCUAAUAUAGCUGACUCAACCUACACUUGUGCUAUCACAUCUGAUGAGUGGCUACUGGCUAAUAAAGACACCACUAUAUCAUUGGAAGUUUUCUCGGUAUCCUUCGAAGAGAACAGGUCCAUCACAACUGCCACAGCUCAAACACUCACAUGUGGGAUCAGUGGGCUAGCAGCAGUAACUGGUGUCACUUGGAUCGGUCCCGACAAUAAUGAAAUAUCAGACUCUGACACCAACAACUAUGUUAUUGAUCAGGGAACAUUCGUUUUUGGAAGCAAAGCUUCAACACUCACCAUCAAGACUGCAAAGCUUGCUUUCAUAUCAUCUGGAGAUGUGUUCAAAUGUAAACUAAAAUCUUCUUUAUAUCCAAAUGACUCCCCAGAUGUUGUGAAAGAAAUGGUUCUCACUCUGCUGACUUUAGAUGUUCAAUCAAUUGAUAAAGAAGUAGAAUCUGGAACUGAUGUCACCAUCUCUUGUGUAAUUUCCGGUAUCACCCAACAACUUGAUGCAGUUGUCUGGAGGAAGGAUGGCAGCGAUGUAACGACUCUGCCAGGAAGCAACUAUGUUGUCUCUGCAGGAACUUACGAUUCCACUUCCAUCUCGCAGACCACCACACUCACUGUAAAGGCUGCUGCUAAUACAGCUGAUUCUACCUAUACCUGUUUCAUUACAUCUAACGAGUGGCUUCAGACCAACAAGCAGACCAAUGUGGUCCUAGGAGUGUUCUUUGUUUUAUUCGACGAUGUUGCGGCACCACUGGCUACGGAACAAGUUUUGACUUGCACUAUUGGUGGGCUAUAUCAAGAUACACCAGUUUCUUGGAUAGGACCCGAUGACAGUGAAAUAUUGGUAUCUGAUACUACACGUUACGUUAUUGAUCAAGGAACCUACGUAUUCGGUAGCAAAGCCUCGACAUUGACUAUUAAACAAAGUGUCAUAUCCACACUAUCUGUAACUUCAGAGUAUAAAUGUAAAAUCAAGUCUGCUCGCUAUCCUACUUAUUCACCCGAUGUGAUAAAGGAGAUGACUCUCACUUUGCUACAACUAGUUAUUGAGCCUACGAACAAGGAAGUCGAGACUAGAACAGAUGCGACUGUUUCCUGUAUAGUUACUGGAAUAACCCAACAACUGGACGCUGUUGUUUGGAGGAAAGAUGGAACUGAUGUUACGACCUUGCCAGGAAGCAAUUAUGGUGUAUCAGCAGGGUCUUACGGUUCUAACUCUCAAACUACAACACUUACUGUAAAAGCUGCUGCUAAUACCGCUGAUUCUUCGUACAUUUGCGCUAUCACCUCCACAGAAUAUCUGGUUAAUAAUAGGGAGACAGCAGUGGCAUUGGAUGUGUUCGGUGUCGUGUUUGAGGACAAGUUCGUUUCGGCUGCAAUCGAUCAGACUCUGGACUGCACAAUUAGUGGUUUAUCUCAAGAUACUCCUGUUAUUUGGGUAGACCCUGACAACAACGAUGUUUCGGACUCUGACACAAACAACUAUGUGAUUGAGCAGGGAACUUUUGUCUUUGGAAGCAAAGCCUCAACACUAACCAUCAAACAAACAAAGUUAGCGACACUCGCUACUGGAUCUGUGUACAAAUGUACAUUGAAGUCUUCUCUUUAUCCAACCUAUUCUCCUGAUGUGGUGAAGGAGUCGACUCUUACCUUCUUGGGUCUAAACAUUCAACCAACUAACAAGGAAAUCGAAACCGGAACUGAGACAACAAUAUCUUGUAUCGUUACCGGAAUAACCAGGAAACUUGACGCUGUUGUUUGGAGGAAAGAGGGUACCGAUGUUACAACUUUGUCAGGAAGCAACUAUGUUGUAUCUGCAGGGACUUAUGGUUCUAACUCUCAGACUACCACUCUAAACGUAAAAGCUGCUGUUAAUACAGCUGCCUCUACCUACACUUGUGCCAUUACUUCUAACGAACAUCAGGAGACGGACAAAGAGACGAAAGUUGUGCUUAAUGUGUACUCGGUUGUAUUCGACAACAAAUCCAUCACAACAGCCACUGAUAAGUUCUUAACAUGUACUGUCAGCGGACUAUCACAGAACACACCCGUCACGUGGAUAGAUCCUGAAAACAACGAGAUACCAGACUCGGACACAAAUGAUUAUGUCAUUGACCAAGGAACUUAUGUGUUCGGUAGCAAAGCGUCAACCCUGACCAUUAAAACUGAUAAAAUCAACUCUUUGUCAUCUGGAGAUACGUUCAAAUGUAAAUUGAGGUCUGCCCAGUUCUCAACAUACUCACCAGAUGUCGUUAAGGAGAUGAUCCUAACCUUGUUGACUUUAGACGUUGAAGCUACAAACAAGGAGGUGGAAGUGGGUACAGAUGAAACUAUUUCCUGUGUUAUCACUGGCAUUACCAAACAACUGGACUCGGUCGUUUGGAGAAAGGACGGCACCGAUGUAACGACUUUGUCAGGAAGCAACUAUGUUGUUUCCGCAGGGACGUACGGUUCCAACUCUCAAACUACAGAGCUAACUGUAAAGGCUGCUGCUAAUACAGCUGACUCAACCUACACUUGUGCUUUCACAUCCGACGAAUGGCUACAGACAAACAAGGAAACUAAUGUCAUUCUAAACACAUACUCUGUCAUCGUUAAAGACGUAACAGAUGGUGUUAAAACAGACCAGACUCUGACAUGCACGGUAUCUGGAUUAUCACAAAACACACCGGUAUUCUGGGUAGAUCCUGAUAAUAAUCAAGUAGACAACUUUGAUACUGAAAACUACGUCAUCGAUCAAGGAACGUACGUGCUCGGAAACAAGGUCGCGACUCUGACCAUCAAAGAAGCUAAAGUUGUGACACUAGGCUCCAGCUCUGUGUUCAGAUGCAGACUAAAGUCGGCUAUUUUCCCUACGUACUCACCAGAUGUUGUUAAGGAGAUCAGCUUCAGCUUUUUGGGCUUAGUUAUCCAGCCAACAAACAUUGAAGUUGAGCAAGGCACAGAUGCUACAAUAUCUUGUAUUGCUUCUGGAAUCAGUCAAGGGUUGGAUAAGGUUGUUUGGACGAAAUCUGGCACCGACGUAACGACUUUAUCAGGAAGCAACUAUGUUGUAUCAACGGGGACUUACGGAUCCAACUCUCAAACUACAACACUUACUGUAAAGGCUGCUGCUAAUACAGCUGACUCAAUAUUUACAUGUGUUAUCACUUCAAACGAGCACCAGGAGACUAAUAAAGAGACUGCUGUUAGUCUCGAUGUCUUUUCUGUUGUGUUCGAGGACAGGACAACGGCUGUUGGGGCUGCAACAACCAUCACGUGCACCGUUAUUGGACUAUCUGAAAACACUCCUGUUACUUGGAUUGAUCCAUCUAACAAUGAGAUAUCCGGGACAGACACCAGCAACUAUUUUAUAGAUCAAGGACAUUUAUAUUCGGUAGCAAAGCAUCCACUCUCAAGAUAUUUGAAUCCAAGUUACAGAAUCUGCCCUCAUCAUCGAUCUUCAAGUGUAAACUGAAAUCUGCACGUUAUCCAACGCACUCACCUGAUGUGGUGAAGGAAAUGACUCUUACCGCCUUUGGUCUAAGUGUACAAGCGGUUAACAAGGAAGUCCUGACUGCAACUGAUGCAACCAUUUCUUGUGUUAUUUCUGGAAUUACUCAAAAACUGGACGCUGUUGCUUGGAGAAAAGAUGGAAUCGAUGUUACAACAUUCUCCGGAAGCAACUUUGUUGUAUCUGCAGGAACUUACGGUUCCAACUCUCAAACUACAACACUUACUGUAAAAGCUGCUGCUAAUACUGCUGACUCCACCUACACUUGUGCUAUCACAUCUGAUGAGCAUCAGGAGACAGACAAGGCAACUUUGGUGACAUUGAAAGUGUUCUCUGUUGUUUUCGAGGACAAGGCAGUCAUUACCGCAACCGACCAAACUCUGGUAUGUACAAUUAGUGGAUUGUCACAGUACACUCCUGUUACUUGGAUCGGACCAGACAACAACGAGAUAUCAGACUCUGACACCAACAACUAUGUCAUUGAUCAAGGCAACUAUAUUUUUGAGAGUGUAGCGACAACCCUGACCAUCAAGACCGCCAAGUUUGCUUCCCUAAAAUCAGGAGAUGUGUUCAAAUGUAAACUGAAGUCUGCUCGUUAUCCUUCUGACUCCCCGGAGGUGGUGAAGGAGAUGACUUUGACCUUACUGUCUCUAGAUAUUGAACCUACCAACAAAGAAGUGGAAAGUGGUACAGAUGCUACAGUUUCAUGUGUUAUUUCUGGUAUCACCCGACAACUUGACGCUGUUAUUUGGAGGAAGGAUGGUACUGAUGUUACAACUAUUACAACUGGAAGCAACUACUUUGUAUCGCCAGGAACUUACGGUUUCAAUUCUCAAACUACAACACUUGUUGUAAAGGCUGCUGCUAACACAGCUGACUCAACCUACACUUGUGAUAUCACAUCAGACGAGUGGCUUGUAACCUCUCGGCAGACAAAUGUGGUCUUAAAUGUUUUCGCUGUUGAACUUGUAGACAGAUCUGUGGCAACUGGAGUUGACCAAUCUCUAACAUGCACUAUUAGUGGAUUGUCACAGGACACCCCUGUUACUUGGAUAGAUCCUGAUAACAAUGAAAUAUCCAAUUCUGACACCAACAACUAUGUGAUUGAUCAGGGAACCUAUGUAUUUGGAAGCAAAUCUUCGACUCUUACCAUCAAGCAAUCCCAAUUACAAAGUCUGCCAUCAUCAUCAAUUUUCAAGUGUAAACUGACAUCCGCUCGUUAUCCAACGUACUCACCUGAUGUGUUGAAGGAAAUGACUCUUACACUCAUCGGCCUAAGUGUGCAACCGGUAAACAAAGAAGUCCUUACUACAACGGAUGCAACUAUUUCUUGUGUUAUUUCUGGAAUCACCCAAAAACUGGAUGCAGUUGUCUGGAGGAAGGAUGGUACCGAUGUUAUGACCUUGUCUGGAAGCAACUAUGUUGUAUCUGCAGGAACUUACGGUUCCAACUCUCAAACUACAACACUUAGUGUUAAAGCUGCUGCUAAUACAGCUGACUCAACAUACACUUGCGUCAUAACAUCAAAUGAGCACCAGGAGAUAAAUAAACCGACUACCGUCAGGCUUAAUGUCUUUU